AUGGCUGCUCGUGAGCUGGCUGGUGGACUGCCUGCCAGUCAGCAGCAGCAAUUGUCGCAUAUCAGCUAUGAUUCCCAAUUUAGCCAGCAACCAAUGAACCGACAAAAAUAUGAAACUUUGAUGAAUGGCACAAUGCCAAUCGAAUCACAUUUACACAAACACCUGGCUGAACAUCUCAAUUCAGAAAUCGCUUUGGGUACCAUAAAUAAUCUGGAAGUAGCCAUGCAAUGGAUGCGUUCCACUUACUUCUACGUGCGAUCAAUGCAAAAUCCCUCAUAUUAUGGAUUAGAAGAAAACACCGAUAAGGAUAUUAUUGAGCACAAACUGGAAAAGCUGUGUUUAGUGCAAAUACAAGAGCUUCAAAAUGCUGGUCUCAUCUCUAGAAACCCACAAAAUGAAUUAGAUGUGCAGACCACCAAUUAUGGCAAAUUAAUGGCUAAAUAUUACUUAUGCUUCGAGACCAUGAAGCUUUUUCGGCAGAUUCGAGGCGAUGAAUCUUUUUUAAAAAUGUUUGAUCUAAUUGUGCGCUGCAGAGAAUUCAGUGAUUUUACACUAAGAGUUAAUGAGAAGCGUUUGCUGAACGCGCUAAAUGAUACGCCAUUAAGAUUUCCCCGCCCCGGGCGUAUCAAAACACGUGAGGAUAAAAUUUCAUGCUUGUUGCAAGCGGUACUUGGAAAUAUACCGAUCGCCUCCCCGACUUUGGCGCAGGAAUCGUUGAAAAUGUUACGCAUCGGUGAUCGCAUUGCUAAAUGUCUAAUGGAGUAUAUGCGCUUGUCGGAGCAUCAAGCGCAUGCAUUGCAUUUGGGCCGCUACAAGGCGUUAUUGCAUACCGUGACAAUCGCGAAAUGCUUCCACGCCAAGUUGUGGGAAAACUCGGAGUAUGCAGCGAAACAAUUGCAGAAAAUCGGUGCCGUUUACUCAGCUCAGCUGGUGUGUGCUGGGAAAACUACAUUGAAAUCAUUGGGAGCGACAGACGCGCGCACCAUUGAAGCGAUACUGAACAAAUCAUAUCCCUUUGGCGAUGAGAUAUUGCAAAAUUUGCAACAAACAUUCCCUGAAUAUUCCCUACAAUUGACGCGAGAUUCACAAAGUCUGGUGCGCGUCUGUGCGCGACAAGUUAAUGAGGCUUACAUUUGUCAUGGUAUAAAUGCCUUGCUUAUUGUUGGUGAUUCCGAGAAUCAGCUGCUGCUCUUCAUUGAAGAUCUCGAUUCAUUGCUUUUGGAGUACGGUUGUUUUAUGAAAACAAUUAAAUUACCAAAUCCUGAUGUUGAGCAGCUGUAUGCACAUGUAAUUCAUGCCACAUUAGUUGGCGCUGAUGUGCACGAGACAUUAAUUUUAAACGAACGUGUCAUGGAAUCAACAAUUGUAUCAAAUUCAAAAAAGUCCAAAAAACGAAAACAACAAACAGGGGUAACUGCUAAAUGCAACAAAAAAGUAAAACCAAACUUAUCCAAGACUAUUAGUACAAUUUGCGAUACAACGACUAACAGCACAUUGGCAAACAAAAAUAAACUUUCCUUAAAUUUAAAAAGCUUUACUUUUUCGAAAUCAAAACUUAGUAACGACGCCAUUAAAUUGAAGGCAGUUAAAGUGGAACAACACUUUGCACAGAGUAAAAUGAAUUGCGCAAAGUAUCUUAAUAUAACGGAUACUACCACAAAUGAAGAAUCAUUUAAUACUACAUAUAAACAAUCCAAUAACAAUUCAACGCUCGUGCAAAGUAAAUUAACGCAAUAUUUCACACAAAGGAAGCAUAUAAAGGAUAAAUCGCUAACUAUGCUAACAGAGCGAAGUGCUGAUGAAUGUGACACUUCAACGGCCGUUAGCCACAUGCAAGACAAAUCCGAAGUAAUACUGGAUAGAACGCUAGAUACGACUUUGUUAAAAUACCAGAGACUUCUAAAGCAACGUGAUCUCGAUUUCGACAAAUUAAGGGAAAGCCAGGAGAAACAAGAAUAUGAACGAAAUUUUAUAGCUAACAAUAAUACACCAAGUCAAAAAACGUCGGAUACAGUAGAAAUUACAAAGCCUGGUGCUGAAGAGUGUGCUAAACUACCAAUUUACGAAGCAGAACCAAAAAAUGAACAGAAACCUACAGUGCAGCCUUCCCUUCGUGCAACAACACCAGAAUUACACGAACUUUCUGCGUUCUUGGAUACUCAGAAAUCAAGGCAAUCUAACGAAGAAUCACAAAAGUCGAAAAACGCUGAAUGUCUUGAACUUUCUGCGUUCUUGGGUACUCAGAAAACAAGGCAAUCUAACGAAGAAACACAAAAGUCGAAAAACGCUGAAUGUCUUGAAAUUUUGACAAGCUGUCUAGUAGCAGAUUGUAGUAUUUUAAAUGGUACACAAAAUUCUCUGCUGUUGAAUACACAAAACACGAGAUCUAGUAGUGAAGAAGUACAAAAUAAUAACCCCGUUAAAAGCACUGAAAAACCAACACUAAGAAAGGCACCAAUUUCAUUUCUCGACAUUACGAAGAAUAAUGAACAACUUUCAAGCUUUUUCGACAAGCCAAAAGAUAAAACAAACAAUUCGUUCGACUCCUCAGUGUCAAAUUCAAGAAUAUUUAACUGCGGCGUCUCCAAUAUGAUGCAAAAAGAAUUUGUCAGAUGUAAGGCUAUGUCAACUAAUAACGAAAAGCCUUUAGAUCUAACAAGGGAAUCCAAUUAUUUAAUUAGCCCUUAUAAAAAGAAUGUCAAACAUUUAAAAGCUACCAAGUCAACACUAAUGUCUCAACAUACUCCGAACACAGACACUGUUAAAAGCGCAAAGGUCCCACGCGGUCAUCUGAAGUAUCCAGAAGAAGACAUCGGCGUCCUAGAUCUGUCACGCAGGUCUGAAACUAAUUUGAAUAUGUCGUGGUGCGACAGCAAAGCAGUAGACGAAGUGUCUGCUGGUAGCAUUACGCUGACCAGCAAAAGUUCCGAAGUUCCACUAAGGAACAGUCAAAAAAGUAUUGAGAAUUACAUACUUUGUUAUAAAGUAGCUACCGCUUAUGCGCGUCUCAGUGAAAAAGAACGUACAAUCGAGAAUUUUAAAACCCUUUACAAACGUGUGUGGCGCACCAGUUCCGCUAUAGAUUAUAUAACCUAUAAAUUGAGCCACAGUAGCAUUAGUCAUGAUGAGGAGCCGAAGGCAGUGCCAGUGCAGAAAGCAGUGACCAGACACGAUAUAAAGAGUGCCAUAGAAAAUUCUUUUGAAAAAAGUGAACUACCCUUGAACAUGUCUAAAAAGUUGAUUGUGGAAAAACAAGUGAAAAAUGUGCUAAAUAGUGAUAAUGUCAAACCAACCGCACCGGUAUUACGGUCCAAAUUUACAAAAAUAAAAAAUAACGAAGAAAAAAUGUGCCCGAAACUUUCGAACGGGUCUAGAAAUCCAGAUACGUCGUCUAAGUUUCCAAAUCGUUAUCGCUUGCAGUUAAAUGAAGUGAAUAGUGAAGCGAAGAACGCUCAAUAUAUUAACAAUGAGGUGAUGCAUUUAGUGCUCAACAUGAAGUGUGACGCUAUUGUCGCUGAAGAAACAUAUCAAACUCUGCCAGAUUUGAUUACAAAGCUCGAGCAAAAUAUAGAACUCAAUGAAACGCAAAGUUCGCCGAGUAUGUCAUUCGAGGAAUAUUGCAGCUAUGUCCUUCAAACACCGACUAAGUAGUAAGUCAUGCAAUACUUUUUUUAAUUUCUAUGCUGUUAUAUAUCCAUAUUAUGUACUUGUGUACGAUUUACGAAAAAUAAUGAUAACCCAAUUCGAAUUUCAACCUUGCAUUUUUAUAUAUUUCUUUUCGUUUCAUUUAAAAUACCAAAAAAAUACUAUAUACUCGUACAUAAGUACGAAAGCCAAUAAAAAUGUAAAUAUUAAGCAAGUUCUAAGCAAAA